AUGGAUCAUGCAAGAAAAAGAACAUCAACUGUAAUAAGGUGCAAAAGUGCACAACAUAAUUUGCCCUAUAUUGACCUUUCUGAGGAGCAAACAAGUACUUCAAAUGCUCCAAAAACUCCAAGCACUUCAAGCAACUCUACCCAGAUCACCAAAAAUGGAUCUAUGGAGACCCAACUAGAUGAACAUAAUAAUAAUGCUAUGUUGCACAGUCUGAAAGAUUAUUUUUCAAACAAUAAUAAGAAUUUUGUUGAUGACAUUUCUGAAAAUAAUUCAAUUAAUUCUAAUUCUAAGCGAAAAAACCAAGUAGAUGAUACCAUUCAUACUGAAUUUCCAGACCUUAUAAAGCCUAAAAUGAAAAACCAACAAGUCACAUAUAAGAAAGAGCAGAGGUUCAAAGAUGCUAAAAUUAUAUGA